AUGUCCAGUGCAGCUUCUGCUACCAACCGGGGCCGAGUAUUGAAAUUAUACAAAGAAAUUUUGAAGCUUGCAAAGAAUUGGAAAGCCAAAGAUGCCGAGCGGACGUUGACGGAGCGCAAAGAUAUCGUGAAUGAGGCGAAACAGAGUUUUCGUGAAAAUAAAGAGGUUGCCUUAACAUUUAUUCGCCGCUACUUUGCCGGUUCAAAAAUAUCUGAAGAACUCUUAGAUGACAUUGUAAAGUCUUUUUCUAUGAAUGAGGCAUUUUAUAACGCUUUUGUGAAAACUGUGCUAUGCAAUGAGCUUUUGGAGAGGCAUCCUAUUCGAAAAAGCUACCGACGCAACCUUCUUAAACGUUUGAUAGAAAAGAUGGAGCACCGCGGUGUAGAGGUGUCAGAUGAAAUUUAUAAUAUUUGCGCAUCUUCUAUGAUAGAUUCAACCGAAUACUCCUUUCGAAUAUUUCUAACAGAGGAUUGUAAUCGAGUUCUUGUUGUAUUACGAGAGUCAAACCAGCAGUUGUGCUAUGGCACUACUGGUCUGUCAUUGUGGCAG